CAGGAGAUGGGGAUCGGGGACGGGAGCAUCAGCAGGAGCCUCCCUGCCUUCACGAGCAGCCUCCAGCCGGCGGCCAACGCUGAUUUAAUACUCAUUCUUUCUUGAUGAAUUGUCUCCUAAGUCUGUUUUGAAUACUUUCUGCGUGACUAAUUAAUGCACCGAAAUAAAUUAAGCUGCCCUGUUAAACUUUACGCUGGGAUGUACAAGCAGGCGGCUGGUAGCCACGGCUCUCUCUCGAUAUUUUAUCUAAUCUUUGUGCUCUCAAGGACGGGGCACUGCUUGUUAUCUAAAAGCCACUUAACUGCGUGAAAACGUGAUGUCAUGCGUCUCUAAAUAUCUGCAGGUAUUUGUGCUCAGUCUGUUGAGAAACAGGCUGGAAUACAGCGAGAUGCACGUAAUUGCAUUCUUCUAAUGAUAACAAAACCCACUCGAAAUUGGCAAGAGAUGAAAACCUGCAGCCUCGUAUAGGGAAUUUUGCUUGAGUAAAGCGUUCUGUAACAUUAUGCUGGGAUAAAACGGCGUGAUUCAUCGCUGGAAGGACACUCCCAUCUGGAGCAGAUAGUUAGAAAUCAUUCGCCAUUGACCCUCCUGAGCGCUGGCAUCGGCCCCUCGGAGGAGAGGAGAAGCAGCAGGGCAGCGGCCAGACGUGCAGAGGGCACGUUUGCUCCAUGACGGAGCAGCCUGGCUGCCGCAGGACGGAGCCGGGGCACUUGUGGAGCGCACAACCAGAGCUCCCACUGCGGGGAGCCAGGAACCGGCCGGCGGAGAGCACCUGGAGGAUGUCCCCGGGGUCCCCACUCUGCUGAGGGUGCGAUGGGAGCCCCCUGACCUGUGGGGCUGAAAACACAUGGUGCAAAGGUGAGCUUUCUGCCCGCCGCCGCACUCCCAGGGCCACCGCAUGAGCACGGCCUCGGCGGGCGAUGGCCUCGCAGCCCAGGCUGGCCCGCGUCCUGCUGCUCGGCCUCGUGGCCGGCUGGCUGAGGGCUGCACAGCCCCGGGACUUCACGGUGAAGGACAUCGUCUACCUCCACCCCUCCACCACGCCAUUUCCUCACGGAUUUAAAUGCUUCACCUGCGAAAAGGCAGCAGAUAAUUACGAAUGCAACCGCUGGGCUCCGGAUGUCUAUUGUCCAAGAGGUACGAGGUACUGCUUCAGCCAACACAUGAUGAAAGUUACCGGGGAAAGCGUAUCCGUCACCAAGCGCUGUGUGCCACUGGAGGACUGUCUGUCUACUGGAUGCACCUACGUAAAGCACGAGGAAUACAAGGUAUGCACUUCCUGCUGCGAAGGCAGCAUCUGCAAUUUGCCUCUCCCAAGGAACACAACGGAUGCCGUGUUCACGACCCUGUCCCCCCUCAGCAGCACAAAAGGACUUUCCUGUCCCGUAACGCUGACAGCCGCGUGCCUCUUGUUGGGGUUCCUGUCGUAGCAUCGCCUUGUGCUGCUCCACGUGGCACACAAGCAUGAGGAUGCAGCCUCCUCACACGUGCUCAGGAUCUGUUUUCUGGAGCUGUCUUUGAAAAACUGACUUUUGUUAGCAGUGAACUGGUGAUCCUGGUAUGUAGAUGAAUUUGAAGGGGGUAAAAAAAAACAAAACAAAACACGUUUCUUUACUGUUUUCUGAAGAAACUCAUGCAAAACAUGUCCAGAAUUAAGGCUUAGACUGAUGCAUACCACUUUUCUAAAUAUCUGUCCUUUCUCCAAGAUUAUUUUUUUUAUUUAGAAGUACUCCAUCGCUGCCACCUCCUGUUGUCACCACUUCCUCAGCUGAAACUUUCUCGUUUUCAUCAUUUGGCGCAGCAAUGGCUCCAGUUAGCCCGUUUUGAGAACAGGCAGUAAAUCACAUAGAGCUGCUCUGCCUCUGCAGGCUCCAUCUCCUCUCCUGCCCUCUCUUCUCCUCCCCUUGGAGGGGGAACGAGCCAUGUGCUGCAAGGGGCAGUCUGGACAAGGGGACACACGGUUACUGCGUGAGAGAGGCUGGAUCCUGAACAGUUUGUCUCGUUUUGUGGACACGCUGCCACUGCAGAGUGUGGGAUAGCACUGGCUGCAGCUCUGUGUUGGUGACCUGUGCUUCUGCUUUUGUCUGGACAUCGUGUAUGCAAUAUUUAUUUUUGUAUGUUCAGCAGGCUUUAAGUGUCUAAACAAUACUUAACACAGUUAUUGCCAGGAAAAAAAAGGUUGUUUUGCAAGUGGGUAAGCCUGUAGUAUAUAAAUUAUCAUAAAUAUAUAUAUAUAUAUAAAUAAAUAUAUAUAAUGUUUUGAAUCACUGUUGAAAAAGAAUCGACUUUGUUUUGCAAGGUCAGUUAUAAAAACAGGGUGUCUGUGGACUUCUUUUAAAGCUAAACAAUUAUUAUUUUUUCUUUAUUUAAAAAAAAAAAACACCACCAUAAUCAUAAAUUUUUCUUUGAUGGGCUAAUUUUGGCUAGUCGUGCUCCAAAGUAACUUGGGCAUUUUGAUGCGAGAUAAGUAUUUUUAAAAUUUCCAUGUAUAAUUAUUGUCAAAAUUGAACUUUGAGCACUGGUUCUUCCUUUUUUUUAACCUUUUGCAUAUAAAACUAAUCUUUUGAGGCCAGCCUAGCUGCUGGCACUCAAAUCCUUGCAUUUUGAAGUCCUUUCAGUGCUCCUGUGACUCGCUCACAGCUCUCUAGUGUUAAGGGGGUAGUUGCAAUCUGCUAUUUUAUGCCAGUUAGACCGACCUUGGAGACCCUGAAAAAAAUAAUCAGCCCUGCUGUGCCCUCCUGUGCCAGCUCUCGGGAGCAGAGCUGGGUGCUGGCAGAGCUGCUUGCUGCGUGUGCCUUGGGAGGAGGACACAGGGGACGAGUUCUCCUGCUGAGAUUUAAAUAUUUAUUAAUUACUAUUAUCCUGCAGAACUGGAGCUGAAGUUGGGAACGUGCUUCAGCUGUUGUGGUGUGUGGUAUUUGCCCCAUCCUGUGCAGGUGCUGGCUGUUCAGCAGCAGGAUUCAUAACCUAACUCUCCCAACCUAACCUAUCCUGUGCUACGGUGACUCCAAACCUGCUGCCUGUAACCACGUGGACCACGCUGCACAAGGGGCACUUUCCUUCCCAGGGAGCUGGAGGAGCACUGCCACCACGCAAGGAGGUGCCACCACGGAGGUGACACGUGUGCCACUGCCAGCUGCGUGAUAAGAGGCACGUAGCCACCUACUACCCAGAGCAUCUGGUGGAAAGCUGCCUUCAUUCUGUCCUCGGGCAGACCAGAGACAUUUUGGGGUACCUGGUGGUGCUCCCUGCCCACAAAGGCUGUGACUCCACUGAUCCAGGUCAUACAUCAGCACUACAGAGGUGUUAGAGCAAGCUGGGUACUUCAGCUCCCUUUGCAGUCAGUGAAGGAUAAGGUGGCCUUCUUCAUAUGCUAAAGUGGGGGCAAAUUGUCUCAGCUUUGGCACACAAUGGGACUGAAAAGAGCAGGUCCAGGGGAUGGAGAAGAAGCUGAGACCCUGCACAUGACUCUCCCCCCGUCGGGGGUCUCUUAGAGCAUUUAUUGCUGAGCUGCACCAUAUUUAUUGUCAGGCGCUAGAUAGGUGAUAUUCUUUUUAAAGGUCUAAUUUUUUUUUUUAACUAUUGUAAAUGCUGUACAUUUGUAUAAAUAAAUGUUUUAAAUCUUCUG